ACGUGUCAUCCAACAAGUUCGAAUUUGACUCAUCUGUCCAUAGUACAUUAUCCCAAAAUGCCUGGGGACCAUGCAGGUUCUUUCUUUUGCAAAUAUGAGAUAAGCAUUGAUAUUUCUCUUGGUUAGCAGUGGUUUCCACCUUGUUGCUUUUUCAUGAAUUCCACUUUUACCGAGUCUCUUUCUUAUUGUGGAGUCUUGAACACGGAUCGACGCUGAGGGGUGUUCUUUGGUGUUCGUCUGGUAUUUUUUCUAACUUCCUGGGUGAGUUUUCUUGGGAGAAAUUUUGGCAGACUGGCCACUCGUGUGAAGGGCAAACACUUUUUUACGGCAUUGUAUAUGCUUAUGAUUGUAUGUAUAAAAAAUAAAAAUAAAAAUAAAAACUGCCAUAUUGGUGGACAAAAAUUUGAUUUAAAUGAUUUAAACUAUAAAUUAUUCAUUCUUAUGCAUGAAUGGCCCAGUCCUGUGAGAUUUCCCUCUUAUGCAUGAAAGGCCCAGCCCUGAGAGAUGUCUCUCUUAUGCAUGAAAUGUCCAGCCCUGUGAGAUUUCCCUCUUAUGCAUGAAAAGUCCAGCCCUGUGAGAUUUCCCUCUUAUGCAUGAAAGGCCCAGCCCUGUGAGAUUUCCCUCUUAUGCUGACUGAACAUCCAACUUCUCUCUCCUAGCCCAGCUGGCAGUACCUCCAGUCUACUCUGUCCGUAUGUUUGUGAGCUUCGGCCAUUCCCUCACUCUUCCCUGCCAUGGAGCCCCCAGCAGGGAUGUGGAGUGGCGGUUUCAGCAGUAUGAGUUUCCUGACUGGCUGCAUGUGGCCGACCUCUACACCGGAGCCUUUUCUUCUGGAAACGGCUUCCGGGGACGCGUGGAAUCCUUCUACCUAACAGAGCCGGGAAACUACAGCCUCACCAUCAGUCCUGUGGUGUACAGUGACCUCGGCAUUUACAAAUGCCAGUACAUGAAUGAGACUGAGAUCCCUCUUUCAGAUGUGAAACUAGAAAUUAGAGUCCAAUCAAAUGUUUCUGUAGCGAUCGGAAUGUCCGCCAGUCUUCCUUGCUUUGGGAAAAUUAAUACACAAGCACAUGCUGAUGAUCUGGAUAUCCUCUGGAAGAGAGGCGGAGAGAACGUUUACCAGCUCCAUAAGAACACCAUCACAUAUGGGCCCGGGUUCGAGAACAGAGCUUCAGUUUCCCCAGAACAAGCCCUCUAUGGAAACAUGUCUUUAACCAUCAGACAGGCACGGUUUUCAGAUGAAGGCGACUACCAGUGCUUCUACAGCAGUCCAAAAGAGAGUGGGAAUCCAGAUUCUGCCAGUCUCUUUGUUACAGGCCACCCACCCCAGAACCUUACAGUGAAGGCCGGUGGUUUGCUCUCCAUACCGCUCUAUACCGCAGACCCAGUGAGGGUAACAUUCAGUGCAGGCCUUGGUUCAGAUGAGGUGCUGAUAUUCAAUGCAAAUAAAGGCCCAGCCAGAUAUGAGGAGCGUUGUGCUCAGAGAUGUGAGCUUCUGGCCCAGAACUACACCCUUUUGCUGAGGAGUGCGACACUGGAGGAUGCCGGAGUCUACAAGGUGACCGAUCCUGAGACUAAGAAGACUAUCGGCUCAGUCUCUUUGCACGUCUCAGCCCCUCCUCUCUCUACUGGAGCAGUGGCUGGGAUAGUGCUGGGAGUGCUGGUGGUGGUGCUGCUGGUGUUGGGGGCCUUUGCUUUCUGGAAGUACCGCAAAGAACAAAAGCGAGCAGAGCCUGUAGUUCGUUACCAAGCAGUCGGUGCUGAAGAUCAGAACAUAUCCAGCAGCAGAGCAGCAGACCCUUCUCCCACCAAUCCCCAUCUCCUCGUGUCCGAAUCGGAUCCUUCUCCCACCAAUCCCCAACUCCUCAUGUCCGAAUCGGAUCCUUCUGCCAAUGAACAGAGUGGUCAGACCUGAUUGAAAUGCAUGAGAAAAAGUCUUAGAGUGUGGAACUGCUAUGACAAUGUGCUGUACCUGUAGGGGAAUCUGCUGGUAUGAAUUUUAUUGGAUCUGACCAAACACGGAGAGGGACAGAGUGGAAGGGACAGACGCCCCUUCACCAAAAUUUCUAUUGGUAUUGAGUUUGUAGUGAGCAUACACACAUACCUCAGACACACAGACACAGGCCCCCUCAGUACUGUGGUGGAAAUUACCUUCAUUUCCCCCGGUUGGUAAGAAGAGUCCAACAGACGUACACACAAUAUUCAGUUCAGAUACCUUUAUUCGGGCGAAUAGGAGAAUCCACACAGCGCCACAACACGUCUGUAUGAAAGCUCUCAGAACAGGUGAAAAGCCAUUCAUUUUAUACAAUUAAAAGUAGGUGAAAGGCGGGUUCUGGAAUUUUCGCAAAACCUGUCUGUCUCAAACUGUUUUGCAGCUUGUCUAUGAUU